AUGGUCAUUGCCAACAUCAGAAAUAGCAGCUCCUUCAUCUUCAUCUUGAUGGAUCUGCCAGGACUAGAGGAUGCUCACCACUGGACAGCAAUCCCAGUUUGUUCCAUCUACCUCCUCUCCUUUCUAGGCAAUCUUACCAUCUUGUACAUUGUCAAGUCAGUGCCUAGCCUCCAUACCCCCAUGUAUCUUUUCCUCUCCAUGCUCUCAAUGGCAGACUUAGGUCUUUCUGCAUCUACUCUACCCUCCAUGAUAGCUGUCUUCCUUCUGGGCCACAGGGAGAUAAAUUCAGCUACAUGCUUUGCACAGCUCUUUUUUAUACACACCUUUGCAGUCAUUGAAUCUGCUGUGCUUCUUGCCAUGGCUUUUGACUGCUAUGUUGCCAUUCGUGAGCCACUGCGUUAUUCCACUAUUCUUACCAACUGGCGCAUUGGUGCCAUUGGGUUGGCUAUUGUUACUCGAAGUGCUGCCCUUCAUCUUCCCUUGCCUGUUCUCCUUAACCGCCUCAAUUUCAAAUCCAUUAGCACCCUGUCUCAUUCCUACUGUGUCCACCCUGAUGUUCUAAAGCUUGCCUGCUCCAAUACUGGGGUCAAUAGUGCACUUGGUCUCUUUAUAGUGCUUUCCACCCUAGGGCUUGAUGUUCUGCUGAUCCUCUUCUCCUAUGUGCUAAUUCUCUAUACUGUUCUGAGCAUUGCAUCCAAUACAGAAAGGCUCAAGGCUCUCAAUACCUGCAUCUCACACAUUUGUGCUGUCCUGCUCUUUUAUACACCAACAGUCAGCCUAUCCAUGAUCCAUCGCUUUGGGAAAAAGAUGCCAGCUCAGGUCUACAUGCUUCUCUCUUAUCUGCAUUUCCUUGUGCCCCCUAUGCUUAAUCCCAUUGUCUAUAGCAUCAAGACGAAGGAAAUCAGAGUCAGAAUUCUUAGGAUGCUUCAUCCUAAGAAGUUCUGA